CGUCUACCCCUUUUCAACAUAAAUAUCAUUGGCACGAACUGAUAGUGGCACGAAAUGUCACUCUGGAUCAGCAGACGAUUUAUUACAUACAUCCGGAGAUAGUCGAUGUAUCACGAAUGCUGUUUUGUCAGUGGUAAACAUUUACAAGUGACUUUAAGUUUCUCGCGCAACAUGUGUAAUCCUUAGAUGGACAAUUCCAAAAGUAUUGUUGAUGUUAUUGAAUUUGUUGAUGACGGAAAACUCAAAAAGAAGAGAACAUUUGAAUCUCCUGUUGUGAAGUCUUUCCUGGCCGGCUCUCUCAGUGGAACAUGCUCUACCAUUCUCUUCCAGCCCCUGGACCUGGUCAAGACCAGGGUACAGGCAGCAGUGUCUGUCAAUGGCUCAAGGCCAGCGAGCAUGGUUGCCAUUGCAACAGGGGUAAUCAAGCAAGACAAAAUAGUGGGACUAUGGCGAGGGAUUGUACCUUCAAUUAUUCGCUGCAUUCCCGGCAUUGGGAUCUACUUCUCCACCAUCCACACACUGAAGGGGAAGUUUGAGACCACCAAGAGCCCUCUAGAAUCCAUGCUAAUUGGAGGAACUGCAAGAUCUGUUGCGGUGGUAUCUGUGUUACCAUUUACAGUAUUGAAGACCAGAUAUGAGAGUGGUGAAUUCCAAUACAGUAAUAUGCUGAGGGGUAUUAUGUCGAUUUACCAUCUUGAAGGCUUGAAAGGUUUAUUCAGUGGUCUGUCUGCCACAAUGCUCAGGGAUGUUCCGUUUUCUGGGCUGUACUUCAUGUUCUACACUCAGUUGAAACAGCUAGCUUCCACUGCAAAUGUUUCCCAGUUCCAGUUGCCCAUGGUAAACUUCACGUGCGGUAUCACAUCGGGUAUGCUUGCGUCUAUGAUCACCCAGCCAGCAGACGUUGUCAAGACCCAUAUGCAGCUUUACCCUAAAAAGUACGGUAGAUUGCGCAAUGCUGCCAUAUUUGUCUAUGAGCGAGAUGGUUUGACAGGGUUCUGGCGAGGCAUUGUGCCACGUACAAUCAGGCGUACCCUGAUGGCUGCCAUGUCCUGGACAGUGUAUGAAGAGGUGUCCAAGAAGUUUGGCCUUAAGUGAUAAAGAAUAGAUUGCUACUGAUCAGAUAAUCAAAACUCAUAUAGGAAUUAACCUAUAUUGAAAUGUGAAACUCCAGAAAGACCUAUAAUGACCAUCAUUUGACGAAGAUUUGUUUCUUAAAACCAAUUCUGAGUAAUAUUAUCAUUGUUAAUAAAGUGCACCUAGAAGUGCUAUUUUUAAAAAUCCAAAACAUGUGAACAUCAGUUUUUUGAUGGAAUGAUCAGCUGUUUUUGAUUUAAAUUCUUGAACUACACUGGAUUCAAAACUAUUUUAAAACCAGUGACCUAUCUGUAAGUUUUAUUACAAAUUGUCACCAAGAAGUGUACAGGAUGUUCUUGUAUGUUGUUGUGAACAGUCAGAAGGAUGAAUACUGUUCUUUGCUUGCAGUCAUUCAGAUAGCAAGAUUUGAAGAGAUAUUACAGUGGGGAGAUGGGGAGGGGCUUAAAUGUCUCACUGUGUAGAACUAUAAUCAAAUUAAAAUGGGAAGAAAAUUAUUAAAUGAACUUGUUUGUGAAGUGUAUUUAGAUAUGAACAGAAGUAUUAUAGAAUUUAAAAUGUAUAUUUGUUCUUUAUUUUAAAUUUCUUGUUUUAUUGGUGAUUUUUUUCUUUUGCUUAUAUAAUCACAAUGUAAGGUUUGCUUAUAUGUUUUAUAGUUGGAAAAUAAUUGCUUUGUUACAGGGUUUGUGCUAAGAUUAAUAGCUGAUAUUCAGCUACUAGUAUAUACCCAGUGGCAAAAAGUGUAAAGAUAUUAUAUUACUUAUAUAUUUAUGCAUACAAAAUUGUUUGUAUAAAAUAUAAAUGUUCAAAAACAACCUCAACCUAUAUGGAAAGUGUGUGUUGUAUUUCAACUAUAAUGCGAUGGAUAUGGUGUAUAUUCAAUGUGUCCUUUCUUCUAGUAUUCAAACGUACAUUGUGUGUAUAUGAAUAAUAUAUAUUAAUUGCAUUUUAUACUGGAGUUUAAGGUUUUAUUUUUGUUUAUCUUUUACAUAAAAUGAUAAAACUACAUAAACUGUUCAGUGUAUUUGGUAACAGAAAGAAACCUAGUAUAACAGUGUUGUUGUGUGACAAUAACUUAAACGUACACAUUGUAGCGUAUCUUGUGAGUUGGUUCCGAAUAUGUUGCCAUGUUUUAUUGCCCUUUUAUUCCGGCUGUAUAGUGAUCACUAUUCAUAAUUUGAGUCUGAAGUCUGCCUUUCUUUGAUAAUGUGGAUGUUAAGAUCUCAAAUUGUUUAGUGGGAUCAAUGGGUUGCUCCGCCUUGUGUAAAACUGCUUUACUUAUCUUAAUUGCAUGACAGAUUGAAAAAAAACGAACUUGUAUUGAUAGAUUUGCUGUCAGCCCAUGCAAUUUAGGUAUCUGGCAUCUGUUCAUUUGGUCAGUUAUUUACCAUUGUUAUUUAUUAUUAAAACAAAAUAAAAUUA